CUUGCGUCCCGAAAACAACUUGUCUUGCCCACACAGAUAUCAUGGUGUGUGUGGAUACUGACGCUCCCCCCAAGAUGCCGCCCAAAUCGUAUACCCCAGCCCAGAUACUGCUUUCUAUAAACGCAAAGAAAACAUCCGAUAAAGACACAAAUGAGAAGACGGUGGAAGAAUCGAGGGAACAGAUCCUGGGCCCACCACAUGCCGUGCCAUCUCCGGACUCAGAAAGGCUAAAAUCUUCUCCUUCUCAGAAGGGCGUCAACUUGUCAGAACUAUUGACAGGGAACAAAAACAACAAGAACAAACCGAAAACAUUCAUGGUCAAGCUCAAGGUCCCCCCGAAACAAGCACAUAUAGUCACCCUCAAAUUUAAAGACUCCGGUCUACUGAAGAACGCCGUUUCCAAACCCAAAGUGCAUGCUAAUUCCUCACCACACCCUUUUUUCAAAGAAGUUUUCCAGCGACUGAAAACGAAAUCAGAUAUGAAAGUUUUCCACAAUGGAGAUGAGAGGGACCAGCCAGCAUCCAUAGCACAGAGGUCGUACACUUUACCGAAGCCAGACAGGUCUUCUUUCAAGGUUCGAAAUCUCUCGCCGCCAGAAAUGCUACAACUAAAAUCAUUAUACGAUCAUUGCCUGCAUCUAGGUUUACCUUUGAAAACAAAGAUAAUCAUUCCAGAUCUGAGUUUCAGCGGAAUUGACUUUCUGCUGUUUUAUUCAUUAUACAAAGAUAUAUCUUCAAGUCGUGAGUCCAUACAUAAAGGCUAUGUCGUCACAAUAGAUACAGAACCAAACUUGAAUAUGCAGACUAUAACAAACAGUUACCGGCAUCUCCAGUUCGACGAAAGAUACAACAAGUUUUUCGAUCCCCAAUAUUGCCAAUCGCUUGCUCAAGAUACAGUAAAUCAAUGGUGUGAUUUAUAUCGCCCACAUGAGCACUCACGAUCUCUGCAAAAGCAAUACAUUGCAAAUGAUGUGUUCAACUGGUUGACUACAGCCUUCAGCAACCUGAAAAAGGUCAAUCAGGUCAAAAGGAAAGAAAAGUUGACGAAAAAGAAGUCUUCCUCGACCAAAGAACUUGAUUCAUUCAUUGUUUUCUCAGACCACGAAGAAACGGAUCAUGAAUUGGAUGAUUUCUCUACAACAGUGCCCUCCCUUAUAAUCGAAGGCCCUUUGGGGUGUGGCAAAACAAGCAUGAUCCACUCCAUAGUUGACGACGAGUUGGAUGGUUUUGUUUUCGAAUUUAACUCCAGUCAAUCGAGAGCAAGAAAGGAAAUAGAUUUCCAUUUGAAACAGAUCGGCACAACUUCUAUGGUGCAAAGAUCAAAAUCCUACAAUAAUGACAAAACCGUGAUUUUGUUCGAUGAUGUCGAUCUUAUCGAUGAUGACGAUAAAGAUUUCUGGUCGGGCGCUACCGACUUGCUAAGUUACUCUUAUAGGCCAGUCGUAUUCAUCACCAGUGAUUUGAAAAAAAUACCCACACACAUUGUCGAUGAAUCCACUGUCUACAGGUUUGACAAAAUUCCAAAAAACGAGAUCUACCAGUAUUUGAAUAUGCUUGCGCUUUCUAGAAAUUUGAAUAUAGACAGCAAAGUUUUGAAUGAACUUUCAGCCAUGGAUUUGAGGAAAUCUCUGAUGCAGCUACAAAUGUUUUCAUACAAUUUCGACUUGUCAAACGUGGGUUUGACAAACGUUACGGCGAUCAAUGACGAGGACACUACCAAUGUGACCGAGCAUGAGUCGAAUUUGGAACAACUCAACAAUAUUCAGUAUCAAAUGGACUUGGACUACUUCACGAAGGCAGGUAAAUUCAGUGAUGACGCCGAUUCAUAUAUUGAUGAAGACCUCGCAGGCGACCUUGGCAUCGUUGAAGGAAGAAUCAGCGACAGAUAUGAGACCGACAGAAACUCAUGCAUCGAGUUCUAUGCCUCGAAGUAUUUUUCAAACGGAUCUCGUUCCAAGGCAUGCAGGUACAUGGACGGCGAUGACUACAACAAGAAGCAUCCUGCCAACACCUUCUACAGUCUUUCGAGGGAGAAGGUGGCCCUCGACUUGCUUGGGCUUGUGCGGGCAAUGGCCCAAAAGGAAUAUACGCGUGCACAAAACAACUACCCGAGGCGCUUUGACCUCCACCCCUUGGACACCUUUGACUUGCUUCACAUAAGCUCCACCACUGCUCUUUAAACAGAUCUCUAUAGAUGUGUAAUGUAUGAAAGACAAAAAUCCGGU